AUGCCAAAUGAUUCAAACGCUGGGAUUAAUCUGGAAAUGUGCAUGACUGGCCUGGAUAGGAAAAAAGCAACUGUGUUUUUCAAAGAAUCAGGAGACAACUCGGGCAAUAGUGAAAUGACCAAAAAUUCUGAAAUCAACAAGAUAAUUCCAAGUCAUCAGAUUUGCGACUUUGAGUUUGACCCGUGUGGGUACUCGAUGAAUGGUAUUGAGGGUACAGCUUAUUCUACAGUGCACGUGACUCCAGAGCAUGAGUUCAGCUAUGCAAGCUACGAGGCUAUGGGCGUGGACUUUGGGUCUAUUAAGCUUGAGCCUUUGGUCAAGAGGGUGCUGAAGUGUUUUGAGCCUGUUGAUUUUAGCAUAGCUAUCACUUUGCCAGAAUAUGCUUGUGCUGACGAGUUAUGUGUCGGUGACAUGGAAGGUUACGCAUGUGUAAGUGGAGUGGUGCAGCAUUUGCUAGGUGGCAGGUGCGUGGUGUAUCGAUGUUUUACUGCCAAGGCGAGGGGUUGCGGGGUGGGCAAUCCCAACAAAACUGUUUUGCAAUGUUGGAAGGAGGUGGCAGAGGAGGAGGCUGAAGUGGGAGGUGUUGGUUGUAGUGCAGUGUUGGCAUUCUCUUGUGUGGAGUCAGCCUAG